AAACAACCCUGGUAGCCUCAUGGCCUCGAAGUCGGUGAAGGCUCAGCUGAAAGCUGCGAAGGCUGCGGUGGGGAAGAAAGAGUACCAUGAGGUAGCCAGGAUAUGCCAGGAUAUAUUUGCAGCGGAGGAGGGUAACUACGUGGGCCAUGUGUUUGCAGGGCUGGCAGCCAUUGAACUGGGGAGACCCGACCAAGCCAGGGAGCAUUACAAGACUGCCCUUGCAGCCCAACCUGGUGACCCUCUGGCAUGGAAGGGGCUGGCUAAUUAUUAUGACAAGCACCCUCCCAGUGGUCAGGAUGAGGUGAGAGAUGCUCUCCAGACCUACCAGACACUACUUCCUCAUGUGGACAGUGAUGUGGUCAAGAAGCAGAGUACUCUGAGCUCCCUGGCCUCCCUCUACCACCGCACAGGGGACACCUCCUCCAUGGUGGCCACCUACUCCACCCUCCUGGCCACCUACCCCCCUGGAGACCAGGACCUUGUUGGACUGUGGCCCACCAUCACCGACAGCCUCCUGGGACUCAUCAAACUCCCACAGCCUGCCUGGGACAUGUUGGUUAGAGGUGUGGAGGUGAUUGUGGGAGGAGGUGAUGAGGAGAUGAGACAGUCCACCAGAGAGAGAUUCAUCCCACUGCUGUUGGACAGAUACAAGGAGAGUGAGGGUGAGGGAGAGAUGAGGGAGAUGUUGUGGGGUCACUGCCAGUGUGCUCUGGAGUCCAGAGCAUCCUCCCUACCUGCUCUCACUGCCACCGUCUUCCUCUGUCUGGAGGACAUCUUAUCUGCGCUCCCAGAGGAUCCUGGUAGAGAAUGUAUUGGAGACUGGGCAUCUACUGUACUUGAGACUCUCCGGUCUGAGGAGAGAGGAGACGGAGGGUCAGGUCUUGUCUGUGUUGGUAUGGCGUGUGUACAAGCAAAGGAGGGAAAGUGGAGAGAUUUUUGCGACCUGCUUGAAAAAGGUUUGACUGUCUCUCCAACAAUGUACAACGAGGUCCACCUCUUGCUGUCCUGGGCCUGCCUCAGGCUACAUCACUUUUCCAGGGCUCUACAAUAUGCACACACAGGUAUUGAGGGGUUUGCCAAGUUCCCCAGAGUAAUUGCUAAGCAAGCACGGUGGAAGCUCAAGGUAUUGGAGGCCAGAGCUCUGCUAGGGUUGGGACAGGAACACCAUGCACAACAGGCCCUUGCGAUUCUGAUGGAGCUUGUGGACAAAGGGUCAUGUGAUUGUCAUGUGACAGUUUCACUCGCCAGGGCUCAUCUGGCUCUUGGAGAUAUCCAGGCAGCUGAGAUGGUUGUGCAAUCGUUCAAGGACUCUGCAGACUCGGACACUGCUACUGCAAACAUGUUGCAGGGAGAAGUGUCAAUGGCUCGAAAAAGCUAUGAAAAGGCUCUCUCUUGGUUUGAGUCAGUGCUGGGCGGUGAGGAGCAGCGAUGGGUGUCAGAAUGUCUGCUGCUGAAGGGACUAGCUCUGUGGCACUCUGGGAACAGCCGGGCCAGCUAUGCCACUCUACUCAAGGCGGCAAAGGCUGACCCGUACAAUCCUGACAUAAUGCUCUACAUUGGCCACUACCAGAGACAAGUUGCAGGAGACAUCAGUCGUGCCCUCAAGUGCUACCGGAAGGCAGCCCAGCUGCAGCCAGACCACGUGGAGGCUCUUAGUUGCUCUGGAGACCUCCUUUUCAAUAGCGGCAUGGAGGAGGAGGCAUUUGGUGUGUAUAGUGAAGUCACUAAAAGAGUUCCAGUGGCAAGAGCAAAGCAGGCAUGGUUGAGACUGGGACUCUACCAUAGGAAGAAGGGGCAGUUCAAUGAUGCCAUUCACUGCUUCCAGAAGUCACUGACUACCGACACCAGUGACAAACAGUGUUGGGAGUGUCUGGCUGAGGCCUACCUGGCCAGAGGUAGCCACACUUCUGCCCUGAGGACAUUUGCAAGAGUUGUUGAGGCACGUGACAAUAUUUGUUGGUAUGCACACUUUUCAUCUCAGACUAUUGUACACGUACAGUUGGAUCCAGAAUCAGUUUACUGCCUUUACCAACUGGGUAAUAUCAACCAGGUCCGCGGCGAGCUAAAUGAGGCAGUGGCCAGGUACUCUGCUGUCCUGGAUCUGCAGCCAAACUACCUCCCUGCCCUCAAGGGUCGAGGCCACACCCACUACCUCCUUGCUCUCGGUAGUCUGAGACAGAACCUUGAUGCCAAGGCAGUGAGUCAUGUCUCCCUGGCCUUGACUGACCUCACCUGGUUAGAGAUUGUACUCCAGUAUGCACAUACAGUACCAGUACUUCAUGUUACAGGCUGCCAGUAUAAAGCCUCAUUUCCUGUGUGUCUGGAAGCUAAUUGGAAACUGCUGUACCUGCCUUCACCAGGUUCUGCCCUGACAUUGCUAGACCUGCAGUUCCUGGAGUACUGUGUGGGGAUGGGAGGCUCACUGGGCACCACAUCAGUGGUGGACAAGUCCCAACUCUUCCUCAUUGGCUGCAGAUCUUUUGCAAGAGCUCUUCAGUUGAGUCCAGAGUGUAGCAGUCUGUGGCAUGACCUGGCCCUAACCUACUACCACCUCUCACAGAUUUCCAGUACAAACGAGAAGAAGUCAGAGUUCAUUGGAUCAGCGUUCAGUGUAAUCAAUAAAGCUCUGAGCAUCAGCCCAAGAGACCACACCCACUGGAAUCUUCUGGGUGUUAUUGCAGCUCAUCCUGGUAUUGGGAAGCCAGCUGUUGCCCAGCACGCCUUCAUAUCAUCCAUACAACUAGAGAACAAUAAUGGCAUAGCGUGGACUAAUCUGGGAGCUCUGUACCUCCAGCAUGGAAACAUUAAGUUGGCCCACAAGGCAUUCUCCAUAGCCCAGUCCCUGGACCCAGGCUAUGCCACAGCCUGGAUAGGACAAGCCAGCAUCGCCCACAGCAUUGGAGAUGCUGACUGUAUGGACCUCUAUAGACACACCACCGAACUGGAGUAUCAUAGUGAGGGUAGUCGUGGCUAUGGCUACUGGGUGUGCCACAGUCUGGCCAGUCUGAGCCCCGACCUGCUCCUGGAGCCCGGUGCCCAGGACCUGAACCAGGUGGCCCGGCGAGGACUCCUCCAGGCCAGGGACUGUCUCCAGAGACUGACAGAGAGAGAGCCAGGUGACCUGUGGGCCCUCAACCACCUAGCCCUCCUCCUGGAGCAGGAGGGACUCCUGGGACUGGCCGACCAAGUCCUACACAGAGCUGAGGAGUUGCUAGAGGCGAAUCCAUCUGCACUGACUCCCGGCCAGUGUUCAGCAGUCUCCACCAACAGGGCCAGGGUUCUAAGUGCCCUGGGUAGACAUGAGGAGAGUCUUGGACUGUGGCUGAGUGUUAACCCCUCUCCCACUGACCUCUCCUCCCGCCUCCACCUGGCCCUUGCCCUCCACAGAGCAGGCAAAUACAAAGAGAGUCUCCAAGUGUAUGAGGCAGGGGUGGAGGAGGCAGAUGAAAACAGAAAGUCGGCUGUUCUGGGAGCCUGUGCCAUGGUGGCCUAUGCCCUGGGAGACACUCACAACUGCAAGACAUACCUCUUUAAGGCGUUUGAGACCAGUCCUCCGAGUCUGCAUGUGCUCAUUGGACUGUGUGUAGUUGGUUGCUUGACCCUUGACCUCACAUUGCUGCAGACUGCAUUACUAGAGAUGAGCAAGACCAUCGAGUGGAACAGUGGAGACGGCCAGAUGCUGCAUGCCUCCUGUCUGGUGGCUCUGAAGAUAAUCAUGAACUCCAGUCAGAUUGGCCCAGAGUGUGUGGAGACUGCAGCCACUCUCCUAAACCAACUCCCUGAUAGGCAUCAGUAUGUGGAGAGCCCACCUCUGCCACUCGUUGUUCCACUCCUGGCAGCCUCCUCACCCACCCCCGAGGCUCUGUCGGUGCCUGCACAGAAACUCUUCCACAGCUACCCUAGCAGUGUCUGGAGCAUUGCUACUCUGGCACAUGCUGCCGUACACCUCCAGAGCAGCACAAAGACUGGGCUAAAAGCUCUGCUAAACUACUAUGUUGAGAGUGACCUUUCUUACAGUGCUAGAGCCUAUGGAAAGCACGUAGUGAAGUUGAAGUUGUGGCUAAAUUCAUGAACAAAACAAUUCUACAUAAUAGGUCAGCGAAAAAAUAAUUCUAUCACACCAGUCACUGAACACCAAACGUUUCGGCUGAAGAGCUAUAUACAGCCUUCUUCAGUGGUGAAAUUACAAAGAGGGAGGAUGGUGAGUAGUGUGAUAGAAUUAUUUUUUCGCUGACCUAUUCUGCUUCCCAGUCAACCAAGAAUGUUUGGCAUUAUCAAUUCUACAUAAUAAUUAUAAUAUAGCUAAAUCGUAAAUGUGGCUAUUUUGAUUGCUGUUCAUCUCCAAGUUUUUUUAAUGUUGAGUUUGAGGUCUCUCCUUGAGCCACUUGGCAAUGUUGGGGAGUUUCCUAACGUUCUCUGUCAGCUUCUUCAAGGUCGGGAAGUUAUCGAGGACAUUAGGAGCUUCUUGUUGAAUGUAUUCCACGGUAUGGGUGAAGAGGAAAUCGACAUAGGAUACCUUGGCCCCGUAAAACCAACCAUCGCUGGUGGCAGUGUUGGAAGCAGCCAGCUUUUCCAACGCACCGAAACUCUUUGGUGUGAUGUUUUCUUGCAAAUCCUUUCUCAGCGUCGCCUUUUUCUCUUCGUCUUUCUCGAAAUACAUAGCGGACAUCUUUCCUUUGAAGUCGUCGAUGGCAUCCUCGGCACUCUCCAGGAUGAGCCUGGCCAUGUCAUCCUCUCCAGCUAGUCCGAACUGCCGAGCCAGAUAGCGUGCGAUAGGCAUGGAACCGCCUAUCAGUUUCCCGUCGAUGUCCAGCACUGGCACGAAGCCAUACGGUGUCUUAGGUUUGAACUCGGCCCAUUGCUCAGACGUGAGGCGAAUGUCCUCGUACUCCACUCCUGCCUGCGCGAACACGAGGCGAACCACCUCCGCGUUCCCGCGUGAGUUGAAAUAGUAGAGCUUGUAGUGAGGCAUCGUUUCUCUUUCGGUAGACAAGACUCCGAAAGACGACAAUGGAGGGAUGCGAGCAGGACACCCAGUUAUAUAGACGUGUGCAUGU